AGUACCGCUAACUCCACAUUAGCAAGAGAUAUCUUCAAGUCUGUCUUCAAAGACGCAGAGAUGCUUUUCUCUGUCCUUCUUCUGCUGGGCAUCUGCCUGGUUCCUGCUCACUCCAAAGCAACAGGAGAACAUCUCGGCAGUCCUCUCCUUCAACAAUGUUUUGAGGAGGCCAAGAAAGUUGUGGAUGAUGCCUACAAGUACUCCAGAGAAGAGAGUCUGAGACGAGUCCGCAGAGAGGUGGUGCGCCCUCAUGAUGCUCUUCGUCUGUUGAAGCAGCCCCGUGGUGACACACGCUCUGCUGUUAGAUCUGCAGACUACAUGGCACAAACCCUCAGUCUGUUGCAAGCGAGGGUGCAUCACAGGAGCAGACGCUCACUCAAUGCAACAGAUCUGCUGUCUGAAGAGGAUCUGCGGAGGCUCGCCAACAUAACUGGAUGUUCAGCUCGAGUUGCUAUUCCAUCAUGCCGCACCACACCAAACCUCAACAAGUAUCGCACAGCCACCAGUGUCUGCAACAACCUAAAAAACCCUCGCCGUGGAGCCUCCAACACCCCCUUCGCCCGCUGGCUACCUGCCGAAUAUGAAGACGGCAUUUCCCUACCGAAAGGGUGGAACAAUCGAACAAUCAACAACUUCUUCCUGCCACUGGUGCGACAGGUUUCAAACAACAUCCUAAGCACAACAGAUGCAGGCGUGGUCAGCGACAGAGAGUUCAGUCACAUGGUGACCUUGUUUGGGCAGUGGAACGACCACGAUCUCACCUUCACGCCCUUCUCCCCCAGCAUCCGCUCCUUCAGCAAUGGGAUCAACUGUGAUGAGAGCUGUGAGAGAACUGAGCCAUGCAUCCCCAUCGCGAUUCCCCCCAACGACCCCCGGUUGCCCACUGGCCCAGACAGCUGCAUCCCUGCUUUCAGAUCUGCCCCUGUUUGCGGAACUGGAUUCUCAGCCUACAAUUUUGGCGGAGAGCCUGAAAAGAGAGAGCAGAUCAAUGCCUUGACAGCCUUCCUGGAUCUCGGCCAGGUGUAUGGUUCUGAGGAGAUGCUUGCCCGGGAUCUUCGCAACCUCACCAGUGAUGACGGCUUGCUGCGUGUGAAUACAGAGUUCAGAGACAAUGGCCGUGAGCUGCUGCCUUUCAGCCCUCUUCAAGCGAACAUGUGUGCCACUCGCAAAAGAGUCACCAACGAUACCAACGCCAGAGAGGUGCCCUGUUUCCUUGCAGGUGAUGUCCGUGUGGACGAGAACAUUGCUUUGACAUCCAUUCACACACUGUUUAUGCGUGAGCAUAACCGCCUGGCUCGUGAACUGAAGAGAAUAAACCCACACUGGGACAGUGAGACACUCUACCAAGAGGCCCGCAAGAUCAUGGGUGCCUACACACAGGUGUUUGUGUUCAGGGACUAUCUGCCUCACAUUGUUGGUGACGUUGAAAUGCGAAGGCGGCUUGGCCGUUACCCUGGCUAUAAUCCCAACGUUGACCCCAGCAUCUCCAACGUCUUUGCCACAGCAGCUUACCGCUUUGCCCACUUGGCCAUCCAGCCAGUCUUAUCCCGUCUAGAUGCAAACUACAGGGAGAACAAUCGGUUCCCAAGUGUCCCCUUGUUCAAGGCCUUCUUCACCCCCUGGAGGAUUGUCUUUGAGGGUGGCAUCGACUCUUUGCUCCGUGGUUUAGUCGGCCGUCCUGCUAAACUGAACACUCAGGAUCACAUGAUGGUGGAUGCUCUGAGGGAGAGGUUGUUCCAGUUUGUGAUGCAUUUGGCCUUGGAUCUGGGCUCUCUCAACAUGGAGAGGGGACGCGACCACGGCCUGCCUGGCUACAAUGCCUGGCGCAGGUUCUGCGGCCUGUCUCAGCCCAGGAACCAGGCAGAGCUUGCUCGGGUCCUGAACAACAGCAACCUGGCUCGCAGGCUGCUGCAGCUCUAUGGCACACCCGACAACAUUGAUGUCUGGCUGGGAGGUGUGGCAGAGCCGUUUGUCCAAGGUGGCCGUGUGGGGCCUCUGUUCGCCUGCCUCAUUGCACAACAGUUCCAGAAGAUCCGCCAGGGUGACAGGCUCUGGUACGAGAACCCAGGCGUCUUCACUAGGGCUCAGAGAGCCGCUCUGUCCACCGCCUCCAUAUCCAGAAUCAUCUGUGACAACACCGGUGUUACGUCUGUCCCCACUGAUGCCUUCGGUGUCAUCUCAAACAGGAACCGGCUUGUCCGCUGUGGCAACAUCCGCCGUUUGAACCUGUCAGCCUGGAGGGACACACCCUGUUCAGACUGUGAACGAACUGGAUCCCCAGGACUUCGAGGACCUGCAGGACAACGAGGGCCUCCUGGACAACGAGGGCCUCCUGGACAACGAGGUCCAGUAGGACCCCCUGGCCCGAGAGGCCCUCCUGGACCACCAGCAUAUGACAUCAAUGCUACACAGUCUCAAUCUGCCUUCGCCGUCCGCCUGGGCGAGUACAAGCCAUCCUCAGAGAAAAUAAUUCAUUUCCAUCAGGUCAUCUACAACAAACAAAACCAUUACAGCACAAAGACAGGCAUGUUUACAUGUGUCAUCCCCGGUGUCUAUGAGUUCAGCUUCCUCUGCACGUCCUUCAUCAGUGGGGGAAAUAUCAACCUGCAUCGUAAUGACGAGAUGGUGCUGCACAGUUUAAAGGUUUAUCAGGGAGGUUACCACUUGUCAUCAGGAGACACGGUGCUCCAGCUGGAGGCGGGAGACACAGUGUGGCUUGAGGCCAGUGACGGGACCUCCGGCCUGAGCACCAAGAGCUUCUUCUCUGGACACCUGCUCUUCCCUGUGUGACACAAACGCUCUCCAGACUGAACCACCACCCUUAAAUAUGCCAAUGGUCUGUCUGCUUCAGGAUGUUAUUCUUUACUCAGCCUUUCUGCACUGAUUUUCUCUUUCCAUUAAUCACAUUGUCAUAAUAUUCUAUCAAAUUUUGGGCCGAUGGACCAGACAAGGGCACAUCAUGCAGCUGUUUUAUAUUUCUCUGAGAUAUUAAAUAUUUAUAGUUUAAGCAAGCAGCCAAAUGAAUAAAUGAAAAUGAAAUUUACUGCAGCAAAUUUGCUCAGCUCUGUUACAGCAUGCAGUUUAUUGGAUUGGAAGUUAGUCUGUAGCCAAUUUUGAUGGUGGGUCCAGUAUUAUUAUCAAUAUUAUGUGCACUGAAGAAAUUUAAGCAUGCCAUGAGAAUAUUGUGUCUUGUGUUUUGUCUGUGAGGCUUGUUUUACUGUAACUUUAUCUGUUAUAUUUUCAGUUCUAUGAAUAAACAAAAGAAAGUGAGCCACUUUUAA